AUGUCGUUGGUGGAGACCCAAGCCCUUAGACACUUAGCUGCUUACCUUCCCUAUCGAAUAAUCCCAGCGUGGUCUGUCUGCCGCGCUGGAACAACGUGCGCCUGUUUUUCUGUCAAAUUGACUUCGCCGGCUGCCCUCAUUUCUCCUUCGCCGACCAGGUCGGCGUCCUCUCCUUUUCACCCACCUGGAUCCCCAACCAUCGUUGACACAGCAGAGGAUCAGUCUCCGCUUUCCCCGCGCAAAACUCCCACCCCAAACCACCGGCAGCGCCGCAGUUCUCUCUCGACCUACUAUACAGCCUCCUCGAACGCCCCUUCCCUUCACAAUUCCCCUGCUCCCGUGUACCCCGGUGCCCGCAAUUUCCAAACUUGGACACAAAGCUCCGUCGGCUUACGCUACACAGAGGAGUGGAUCCGGGGACGAGGCUUUAGACCUGCGAAUAGCCAAACCUGGUUUGGGGGAACAGCUUUUGGAUCAAACUACAACGCUUGGAACGACGAGGACGACGAGGAACACAAGACUACCUCGAUCGACGACUCUUCCACUAACCAGGAAGAUUCAACUGGCGACGACCUCAAAACACCCACCUUAAAUUCCCUUCUCCAAAUCCGUCAGGCUCAGAUUUUUGAACCCGGCUGGCUGGUCGGACAUAAAAAGAACUUGUCCGCCUCUACAGUUACCGCUGAGAGCGUUCACGCCCAGCAAACAUCAUUUGUACCGGCACCAGUGUCAGCGCCGCCGCCGCCGGAACCCCGGACAUCUUUACACCGGAGAUUAACCAGCAUUCCCGCCGGCCUUCAAGGAUAUUUCGCUUGGAACUCCAAAAAGGAAGAAAGCGACGACGAGGAUCUUAUUUUUGGAACAGAUUCAUCUCACGCAGACGAGGACUACGAUUCUGAAGAACCUGGGUCAAAGAGAGGAACACAAGCGCCGCUUGGCUUCAAAACAGCACCGCAAUCAAUGGCCGCGUCAAGCGUUGGGAGAAGAUCACUAGGGAGCGGACUAGGAGGCUCAAAAUAUGCCAUUAGCAAUGGUAGUACGGAGCCUGAACUCGAGUUAGAAAAGGAUAAGUCAGGCGAGUCUUCAAAGAUCAACUCUCCGCCUACACCACCAACCAAGUCUACCGACAUGGAUGGGCCGACAAUAGUUUCAAUCAGGAGAGCGGAGACAUCGUUAUUUCCGCAUCUGGGACGGCUACCGAGGAAACCGUUAGACGGGAUGAUGGAGGAGGAUGAUGAGAUACCAUCGACUCCAUCGAACCUCCAACCCCUAUAUAUCGGUAGAGACACACCAACACCGACUCCGUCUGUUGUUACUUCUGCAACACGCUCGCGGACUUCGGUUCGAUGGCAUGGCAAGCUUGUGAUAAUCAAUGUCCCCCUCGAAAACCGUGUCCUCCAACCCCUUACCCCGAAGGAAGUCGAGGCUCAGUACGCUAAAUUCGGAGAGAAGCCUUAUGUUUGGACCCCUAGCUCGGAACAGAUGUCCCGAGAAUUGUUCCCCGCUGAUUCAGACCGAUAUAUACCUACUAAAAUCGAGGCUCCCCGUGUGAGCAUACCGGAUAAACAGAAAUGGGAAUCCUACGUUAACGCACUUCGGGAAGAGAAGCUGAAGGCUUUGGGUGUCGAUCUCAGCGAUAUUCUUGGACCUCCUUCUUCGUCACCCGUGCCCUCAAUCGGUGGCCGUACUUCGAUACCACCGGAAUUACAGCAGCGAAAUUCAUCCUCGCCGCAUCCAUCCUUACCCUUCUCAAAUACCUUCUCCCCACCGCCGUCGCAAGUUAAUGGCAGCCACCCUCCGUUUUCUCAUCAGAGACACUUCUCUCAAUCACCUAUGAUGCCGCCACCGGUUUCUACCGCCAGUCCCUUCAACAAGCCUUUCCAUCUCCAACGCCAAAGUAUGAGCAUAUCGCGCACACCACCCAUGUACGGUGGUGUCCCACCGCCCGGUUUCCAACAAUCGCCCCAACCUCAAAACUGGGAACCAUACAAUACUCGUAGUUCGCCACAGCCGCAACCUACUCCCUCAUCUUACGGCCAACAGCCUAUGCCUCCGACCUGGUCACCUCAAAUGGAUAUGCGUAAUAUUGCUAGUCCUGGGGCUUUCAAAAGUUUCAGCCCACAACCGCCUGGUUUUGUUGAUCCUAAUGGUCUGCCGCAAUCUCAAGUUGACUAUUCCAUGGGCGGUCAUGAUCCCCGGCCCAUGUUCGGCAGGCAUCAGCAUCGCCCUUCAGUCCAAUGGCAGAAUCUGCAUCAACAAGUCGCCCAGCACCAAAUGCAGUUGCAGCAGCAGCAGCAGCAGCAGCAGCAAGCGCAAUUACUACAACAACAGCAACAACAACAUAAUCAACUACAGAAUCAACUACAGCAGCCAUUAAAACCACGUCUCGAAGACCUAGUGGAGGCUGAUGAGCCAGAGGAAACUGUCAGCUCUCUUCCCACUAGCAAACCGGAUGAACAGAGGGUUACACCAAUCGUAGUGCCGGUACCCAAGCAUGGAAUGAAUCGGUUAAGUGUGCAUCUGAGACAGGAAAUGCAAGGUGGCAAGGACGAAGAUGAAGAAGAGGAUAUCAAACGGGAAUCAGCGGGGGAACCCAAUCAUCUCGCCCAGUCAGCGAAUGAUGGUAUCGUGGAACAGGUUGUUGAAGCCAAAGCUAAUGUAUUAGAAACCGCGGAUGAACCUUCACUAGUAAAAGUGGUGACUUCCGUCAAAGAUGCCACGACGGUUCCAGAAACUGAACUCCAACCGGUUGAUGGCAAAGCUAGCUCUCAGUUGACCGGUAAUCCUGCUGUUACAGAAGAAAAGGAAGUUGUAAUUCUGCCUAUUAAAUCAGAGUUCGAAACAAAUCCUACGUCACCGAUUUUAGAAGAAACAUCAAUGGGAUUUCUUUCAAAUCCCACAACAUCUCCACUUGCCGAACAAGCUACAGAGGACAGCGGGGAUGACACAGAUCCGACCAAGCCGUCAUCGAGGUUUCACACCCGUGAAAACUCUAAUAUUUCCAACAUUUCUUCCCGGCUACCCCCUUUCCUACGUGGGACCCCGAUCCACAGCCGCCAUAAUUCUCAGAUGGCGCGCGCAGAGCCGGAGCUUCCGAAUACUCGCAACCAUGUCUCGAUCCCUCUGAUCCCUGCACAGCAUACCCUCAGUGUCCAGAAUGGCCACAUGAACGGCGCUCUCAGCGGCGGGUUCAGAGAUGAUCUCAGCGAUGGUGCCCAGACAAACAUCUCUGAUAUCCACACGAACCCUAGCGAGCCACCGAGUCCCAGACGACGCCACUUCUCUGGAAUUGGCGCUGAGAGCAAAUGGGUGCCUGAUGCUGUCCCUCAUCAUGAACGAAAGGAGUCCAGCUUGUCGAAUGUAUCUAACCAGUUCGCGCCUGCCUCGCAAAAUCAACCAACUUCCAAACUCAACGUUGGCGCCCCCGAGUUUAAAUUCGGUGGAUUUAACCCAAACGCAGCUGUCUUCUCACCGCCUACUACCCACCUCGCACCUGUCAAGCCUGUUGCCCCCGUGCAGAUCAAUCACUCUCGCAAUAGUAGCGGUGCACAAUUCAACGUCGAUGCUCCCGUUUUUCAGCCGUCCAGCUUUGCUCUAGAACCUGGAAAUCAAGUGGACAGCAGCUUCUCCUCUGAACCUUCGAGUGAUUCAAAGGGACCUAUAAGCCCCUUUUCCUUCUUCUCUAAGGGCUUCAAUCCCGUUGUCCCAAUCUUCACCCCUCCGAAAAUAGGACCGGUUACGUCGAUGUCCAACACCUCCACUCCUAUAUUCUCUUACAGAACCGAGGAUUUCAUUUCACCGCCAACCACCUCCAAGAAGGCUGUUGUCACGCCGUUGGAUCCCGAAGAUACCGAAGAAGAACUUGGGUGGGCUGCCGGUGGGCGGCCUAGCUUUCUGCGGGAUAACAGAAGUGGGAAGAAAGGCAGGUUUAUCCGCGGCCGAGACGACGGGGAUGACGUUCCCAUGUUCGCACCUUCACCUGGUCCAUUAAUGAGAGAGAUGGAGCGAGAAAUUGAACGGCGGCACUUGGAAGAAGAAGAGGAGGAGCGGGCAAAGAAUGCUUCACCCAAGCGAGCACUUGAGGACGAUGACAAAGAAUCAUUGGCAUAUGAUCAAUUACCUCAAAUACCAACUACUUCUUCGCCAUCUUCCGCCCCUGAAGUACUUGAACACAGGGAUAGAGGAAGCAUCAUGGAAUCGUAUGUGGGCAACGAAACCGACACCCGUGUCGAAUUGACCAAGUCCGAGAAAUAUCUCUUCAAGAUCUCAACCGACGCUACCAAUUUCGCAGAAGCUAGACCUGCUAGCGCCAGCGACCACUAUGAAAAGCGGGCCAAGAGCGACGUGUUUGGCGUGAUGGAUCAGGAAUACCAACACCUCGAAGAUUUGGCCAUUGGACAAGCAUUGAUGGGACGGAAGCAGAAGGAAGAUGUUCCAAUUCCUAGUGACGAGAAAGAAGCCACCGUACCGGGCGACGUCGUGUUCGAUCCCGAGGCUGCAGAAUUUAUGUUUACAGAUGCAACUGAGAAAGGAGGCGAUCAAGUGGUACUCUCUUCUGCGCCAAUCGCAGAACGGCUCCCAAUGCCGUCAGCCCAAGAGUUAAAUGAUACUUUUAAUUUCAUGUUUACUCAAGAGAAUGCGGAGACCGAGGCUGCUGACGGAGAAGAGGACGAAGAGCUACACCCAGAAGAAGAAGAUUCAGAUGACCUGCAGAGAGAGGUACAGCUUAACCCACCUGUGGAAUCUGCAUUUGUAGCGUCUCCGUCUAGUAGCAGCGAGAGCAUCCAACCCGCACCAGCACUACCUGAAUAUAUCCCCCCUCCCGAAAAAACCAAGUUCGCCUCGCAGCAAACCCAAGCUGAGAACAGGGUAAGAGCUAAUGCACCUAGCCCCGCAAGCCCAGAAAGGGCUAAUACAUUUAUUACACACGUGCCACAGACUCCUGCGGAACGAGGAAUACCUACUAUCGACCCUCUGGAGCCGGAUAGCGAUUGGGAUUCCUUACUCCCAGAUAAUGAUACCCAGGAUUCUAAGCUCCGUUCCCGCGCCUCGUUCUUCGAUACCCGGGUUGAAAGUAUGGUGGGCGGAAUACUCGAAACGAGGCUUGACCCUGUGGAAAAGCAAUUGGGUGCCAUAUAUUCUGCCUUGCAAAAUUUCACCCCCUUAAGGAAAAGAAUGGUAACCCGGGAAAGUGCUUGGAGCGAUGCCGAUGACGAGGAAGAUGCUGAUGACGACAGUAGCAAUGUCUUGAGGAGCCCCGGAAAAAGAAAAGAAGACAAGAAAUUGGAGCGUAUCAGAAGCGUCGUUAUGGAUGCCCUUGCUACUCGAGAAUUUGCUACCUCUUCGAAGCCUAUAGAACCCAUCCAUGAUACUGUUAAAGGCGUUGAAGAAAUCAAAAUUAUGAUGACAUCAUUCUUGGAGACGCAAAAGCAGAAGGAUGAAGAAAGACUUUUGGUUAUCGAUAAGGGCGUAAAGAAGGAAGAAGGGAACGGAGUUGAGGAGGGCGCCGCUGCCACCAUCGAGAUUUUACAAAUGAGGAUUUCUGCACUAGAAAAGACUCUUGAAGCUGGACGAAAAGCUCAAGAAGGAGAAGUCAAUGCCAAAAAAGUCUUGCAGGACUCAAUAUCUGAACUUGAAAGGAGGCUAAAUAUAUCAACCGAGAGAGAGCGAGAAGCGAAAGAGAGAGCUGAUGAAAUGGAGAGGAAGUUCAAAGAGGUAGAGGACAAGAGAAACAAAACACUAACACAAGCCCAAAUGAGAGCUGCUCUUCUCGAGGGCGCGCAUGUGAGCCUGCAAAAAUCCGUUGGGGAUUUGACCGUGACCAAGGCGAACUUAGAAGGCCAACUUGCCGACGCAAAAGCUAAGUCCGAUAAGAUUGUUGCCGACAUGGAAGCCGCAGUCGCGGAAGCCUCGGAGCUUCGCAGGGCAAUUCCGGUACUGGAAGCAAGUCUUGAGGAAUCAAGACGGUUACAUGAUGGCUCCAACACCAGGCUAGAAGACCUUCAAGAUAAGGUUAUCAAGGCUGCCGCCGAAGUAGAGAAUAAGCAAGCGAGGUGGAGAGAACGAAAUGAGCUGCAGAAAAACCGCAUUCAGACUCUUGAGACCCGGCUUGAUACUGAAUUGAGGAUGCGGGAGGGUAGAGAGGAGGAGAUGAAGAGGCUUGAGGCUGAGGAGAAGAACGCGAUCAGGCUGCGGAUUGAACUUGAACACGUUCUCAAGAUGAAAGAACGCAUGGAAGCUGACGUGUUGAGGAUGCAAGACGAGGAAAGAGAAGCUAUUAGAUUAAGGGUGGAGGUUGAACAAGUCAGGCGGGACAACCUCAAGAUGGAAGCUCUCGUAGACCGAUUGAGGGCAGAGGUCAUCGACAAAGAAAGAGCGGUAGUCACCGAGAGGGACACCAGCAGUCACGAGGCUCUCAAGAUUACUCUAGCACUCCAAGCUCAGCUCGAGGCCGCACGCUCAGAAACUGAGAGCGUGAAAGUCAACCUUGAGACUGAGAUCACUAAGAUCAUGAUGGAGACUGAAACUUCCAAAGAGAGACUGAAGAUGUUGCACGACGAAGUUAUGGACUCUAAGGAUGCCUUUAUUCGAGAAAUGAAGACUUCCCAUGAAGUUGCAAUGCAACAUGAAGCUCACCAAAAUACUGCGAAGCUUGAAGAUCAACAUCAGCGGUACGAGAAUAUGAUCGACAGUCUCAAGGAAAAACACAGGCGUGACAUUGAAAACGCUAUCGAAGAUAUUGAGCGGGAAAGGAUCUUUUUGAAAGAGCAGAUGGAGGUUCAACAAGCUCAACAAAGCGUUUAUACCGAUAAAAUCGAAGUCUUGGAAAACCAAUUGGAGAUCGCAAAGAAGGCUGCCCAAGCCGCCGUUAUCGCUGCCCAGGGCUCCAAAUCUCCAGCAAUCACCCGUCAACAUGUCCCCUACCACGCGACGGAGACCAAGAACACGCCAUCCGCCGCCGACAACAAGGCCCUCCGAGAAUCACUCGCAGUUUUGCAAGAACAGCUCCAAGAGAAAGAAGCUACUAUCGAAACUCAAGCGGAGGAAAUAGAAUCCCUUCGUAAAUCACCCGCUGCUAAAGAAGUGGAACACGAAAAUAUCUUCCUUCGCGAACUUCUUAGUGUUCGUAUCGGCGAACUCGAAGAGAUUGUCCGCCAGCUCAGCAAACCACAGUUUGAUAAAGUCACCGUGCGGAAUGCUGCAAUUAGGCUGAAGGCGAACCUCGAGAUGGAGCAGCAGGAAAGAGAACGUAACGCGGCAUUGAGUGCGUCCACCGAGCAGGUUCCGACUACCACUGUUGGCAGCCUGUAUGGGAUUGCCAACCGGGGCCUCAGCGGGGCCCUUGGAGGGUUGAGGAAGGGCAAGGCGAAGUACGAUGACCCUGGAUACAUUUCUGUCUCCGCGUCGACGUCCCCUGCAAUGGCAAGAGAUUCAUCGGACCAAGGAAGUGUUCAACAGUCACCAUCCAGGCCAACCUCACGACAGAACUUCCUGACAGGGCUACUAACUCCACCGAUAUCCUUGAGCAGGCCAGCAGCGCUCGCAUCGACUCUCGCAAAGGAUAGAUUUGUGGGGAUCACAAGCAGAGUGAGCAGUGACGCAAUAGCUCCCCGCCCCUCUCCAUCGCUCAGCAGCUCCACGUCUACGCUUACAGCUACUGCUAGCUCAUCAAGGGUCCGGCCAAGGGCUCCGAGCCAUGCUAGCGAAAAGAGCAGCACUUUCGUAUAUGAUGAGGAUGCAAAUGAUAAUGUAGAAUCUAGUCUAUCGGAGCCUCAGUAUUUUGUGGAGGAAGAUGAGGAUAUUGCCGAUGCUCUUACCAAUGCACAAGUUAACAUGGAGAGCAUCGUCGACGAUGAUGAUGACGAAGACGAGGAUGAUUUGGGAGUCCCCGGAUUCGCAAUGAAUAGUCCAUAUAUGAGACGGUAA